AUGACGAUGGAGAUUCCGGCCGAGGAGGAGAAAUUCGUGAAGUUUCUUCAGAAAGUUAAAUCAUUCAACAAUCGUUUUAACUUUACGCAGCUCGAGUUGAGCUUUGAGCUGAGAUGUUCUGUUAGGAACACCUGCAGGGAUUCGGUAAACAAGGCUUUCAACGAAGUUAUUGGAGUUAUUCAACAGGAGGGAAGUCAGGGUGAUAGAAUAAUCCUGGAGAUAUUUCUUGAGGGGAACUCGAUCAACGAGCCCAUAUUUUUGGACCUCCGUCCUCUGGGUACUUUAACAGUGGAGACUAUAUUUUCUGCUCUGGAAAAGGUGCAGCAAUGCACAACAGCUUUCAAUGUAGCAGACGUCGUAGCUGUUAGAGCUUAUAUGUUUCAUCAAUUGGAAGGGCGGGGGAAACGUCAUAAUCCUGGAAGGAUGACACUCUCGGAGAUGAGGAGGUAUAAGCAGAAAAGCAUCAUAGAUAUUUCUGGGACAUCCAAUUGCCUAACAACAUCUAUUUUUGUUGACUAUGUACUUACCUUUAGGCCUAUGCCCACUGUUGCUAUCGCUCACAAUGCCAAAGGCUAUGAUGCGCAGUUCAUACUCGAAGAACUGUGUCAGAGGGAAGAGAAGAUCGAACCUAUUCUACAAGGUUGCAAAAUAUUGUAUGCGAAAGUUAAGGGAGUAACAUUUCUGGACUCUUUAUCCUUUAUUCCCUUCCCUCUGUCACAGUUCUCAAAGAGUUUUGGACUGCCUGAAUGCGAUAAGGGAUAUUAUCCCUAUAAAUUCAAUACCACGGAAAACCGCUCUUAUAUUGGAAGUUAUCCCCCAAUUGAUAUGUAUCCAAUUGAAUCCAUGUCCUCCCAGCAAUAUGCCGAGUUUUUAGAAUGGUAUGAGCAAGUCAAAGAACUCCCCUUUGACAACCGCAAAGAACUCAUCCAUUACUGCCGCCAAGAUGUCAAAAUUCUAGUGAAAGGAUGCCUCAACUUUAUACAUUCCUUCAUUGAAACUACAUCCUUGAAUCCCUUCUUGCAGGCUAUCACCAUAGCUGACGCUGUGAUGAAAGCCUACAGGAAAAAAUACCUUACUCCCAACACCCUUGCCAUUACCCCCAAAAACAAUUAUAAUUCCAAUUUCCUUCAAAUGCAGAGCAAAAUUUCUCUGAAAUGGCUCGUGUAUAUGAAGGAAACUUCCCAUCCCAACAUAAAGUAUGAGGUCAAAAUUCGCGGAUCUCGAUAUAUUGCUGAUGGAUAUGAUGAGGCCUCUAACACUGUGUAUAGUUUUGAGGGAUGUUUCUUCCAUGGGCAUACAUGCUUUUUAAACAGAGGGCAUGCAUUCUCAAAGAAGCCCAAUGACAACAUGCAGAGUCGUUAUGAGAGCACUCUAAAACGAUUGGAUCACAUUCGUCAAUUGGGGUAUAAUCUUGUUUCAAUUUGGGAGUGUGAGUUCCGUCGGAUGUUGGAUUCAGACCCUGUGCUUGCAGAGAGACUGAACAAUCACCCUGAAGUCGUAGAUUCAGGAUUUGAUUUACGAUCAGCGGUUUACGGGGGCCGAACUGAGGUUUUCCGUACAUAUUACAAAUGUCGCCCCGGGGAUAAAAUUUAUUACUAUGACUUCACAUCACUCUACCCGUGGGCGAACAAAUAUUCGAAGUAUUUUGUCGGGCACCCAACAAUUAUCAAAGACAUCCCAAGUCAGGAGGAUGUAUUGAAGCAUGACGGUGUGGUGAAAUGCACUAUUCUCCCACCAAGAGGCCUCUACAUCCCCUGUCUUCCCUUUAGGUGCAAUAACCGACUCUUCUUUCCUCUUUGUCGAAAAUGUGCGGAAGAACUCAAUACUGAUCGAUGUCUCCAUUCAAAUGAUGAAAGAUCCCUCACCGGAAUAUGGUCCAUUGAUGAAGUCCGUCUCGCUGUUGAUCAUGGAUACGUGAUCACAAAAUGCUUUGAAGUUUGGGCAUAUAAAACUUCUCAAUACAAUCGCGAGACGGGUGAACGUGGGCUUUUUGCCGAUUACGUUGAUAAUUUUCUCAAAAUUAAACAGGAAGCUAGUGGAUGGCCCUCGGGAGUUGAAUCUGAUUCCGAUAAAGAUAAUUAUAUCCGUGAAUUCUUUGAAAAUGAGGGGAUACAUCUUGAUAAAGAAAACAUCCGUGUUAACAAAAGUAUGCGUUCACUUGCAAAAAUAAUGUUGAACAGUUUGUGGGGCAGAUUCAUAAUGCGGGAGAAUUUUACAAAAACUACAAUUUGCAAUUCUCCUGAGGAAUUGAAUGAACUUCUUUCUUCAGAAGCUAUUGAAAUUGUACAAUUCUACCCCGCAAGCGACAACCAAUUUAUUGUUUCAUGGAAGCACAUUCAUGAUUCAGAGCCUCCAUCGAAAUACGUAAAUAUGGGUGUCGGAAUCUGCACCACAACCAAUGCAAGGAUCAAGUUGUAUUCCAUCUUAUCAAAGAUAGGACAUAAUAUCUUUUAUUGUGACACGGAUUCAGUCAUCUACGUAGUACCUGCAGGGGAAGAGAAUCCUCUUUCCACUGGUAAAUUUUUGGGAGAGUUAACUGAUGAAUUGGCUGAUUUCGGUGAGGGGGCCUUCAUCGAAGAAUUCGUGAGCACAGGGCCAAAAGCGACUGUGCUGGGACAGCCAAUAAAAAUGUCUCGUAACAACAGGACUGUGCUGGGACAGCCAAUAAAAAUGUCUCGUAACAACAGGACUGUGCUGGGACAGCCAAUAAAAAUCAUUCUUACAACAGUACUCUGCUGGGACAACCAAUAA